AUGGCCACCAACUCCAGUGCAGAGAAUGAUCCCAGCUUCGCCUUGAGCGAACUUUUCCUCUUCUACAGCAAGAAUGUGUUUGUUGCCCUCCAUAUUUUCCUCUUCCUCCUGGGCAUGCCUGGAAACAUCUUGCUGCUCUUGGUCCUGAUCCUGGGUCUCAGCAGAAAAAAUGGCAGCCGUAUCACACACCUGACUGAGCCCCUGCUCAUCAACAUUGCAUCUCUUGACCUCUUCUUCUUCCUUUACAACAUUCCUGUCAUGCUUGGCAAUGUCAUGUUUAAGGACUGGCAUUUGGGCUACUUGCUUUGCGUCACUUACCACAGCCUGUCCCUUUGGAUCACCUUUGCCGACUUCUAUAGCAUGUUGGCUAUCUCACUGCUUCGCUAUACUGCUGUAAUCCACCCAAUGCACAUGGUCCUCAUCUCCCCGAGGCAAAUCUCUCUGGCCUGUAUCUUCAUUUGGCUUGUUUGUCUCUUGUUCUCCACACCCCUUUGGAUUCACUAUGGGAUAGUUGAGGUGGAAGGGGAAACAUUUUGCGUGAACCAGAUGGUAAGCAGUGAUCUGAAUCUUUACCUGCAGCUUCUGGGAGGAGUGGGGUUCCUGCCUGCCUUGUUGCUGAUGAUUUUCUGCUACUCAAGGAUCAUCUCCACCCUAAGGGUUAGAAGGAUACUGUCUAUACACACAGCUGUCAGCCUGCAUAUCAACUGGCGAGCUACCGUGAUGGCUUUGGUCACUAUGGUGGCCCUUGUAGCCAUGUGCCUUCCAUAUUGGUUGAUGGUUUUCUUUGCCAGGUAUGAUGUAGUCUUGACCACAGUCCCCAUGUACUUGGCUUAUCAGCUGACCUCCCUCCUGGCCUUUGCCAACCGCUGCAUCCACCCCAUCAUCUGCUUCUGCCUUUCGUUCCAGUUCCAAGCUAGGCUGAGGAACCUCUUUAGGAGGACAGGGAAAAGAAUUCGACAGCUAGGUCCUAGCCAUGUGGGUAGGAUAGAAGUGUUAGGUAGCAUGUGA